AUGGACAGCUUCAGCGCUCCGCUGCUGGGUCCAGCCUCGGACGACGCCAAGAGGAGCGCUCGCAGGUGGCGCGCCGCCACUCUCGCGACCACGCUGCUCGCGCUGGCGCUCGCCGCCGCCGUUGCGGUGCUCGCCAACGAGCGCGCCGCGCUGCUGCAGCGCGGAGAGGCGGGCAGGGAGAAGGACGGCCCCACAUACCAGUUCUCGGGGUCCAGCCUCGACGAGCAGUCCUGCACGGUGGCGGGCGUCGACGCCUCCGCCACGGGCCAGAAGCUGCAGUGCUGCAGCGGUCUCGCAGAGGUUGAGAAGCCGUGCUUCCAGCCAGAGGGCCUGUCGGUGUGCAUCUUUUGCCUGCCUGCCGAGCAGGUGCCGGCCGCCUGCACGCCGGCCGGCAAGGACGUCUUCGCCAACGACGCCGGCGUCCACAUGCCCUGCUGCCCGGGCUUUGCAGAGGUGCUUGGCCCGUGCCGCGGCACCGACAUGUGCAACUUCUGCCAGCCCUCCUCCGUUGUCCCGGGGGCGCGGGCGGAGCACCCACCGGCAAAGGUGUCCAUCGACCCGGCGACGCCGCAGGACGCGGUCGACAAGUACAAGGCGGACGGGCUCUCCCUCAUCCUUUCGGACGAGUUCAAGGACAUCGCGCGCACAAAGUCGGUCUUCGUGUUCGAGGACAUCCCGUACGGCGUGCCGGGCAACACGGGGGACGUCAACAUCGCCUCCAUCUACUCCUCGGACACCAUCUCGCUGCUGCCGGAGGGCGGCCUCCGCCUCUCCGCCUACCUGGCGCCCGAGGACGAGACGCGGUUUCUGCGCGGGUGGAACGGGACUUGGAACAAAAACUACGGCUCCGACGUCUCGCUCUGGAGCUGGCACGCGCCGAAGGUGACGUCUCGCGUCAACGGCCGCUUCCAGUACGGGUUUGUCGAGACGCGCAUCAAGGCGCCCAAGGGGUACGGCCCGUGGCCCGCGGCCUGGCUCAACGGCUGCUACGGCUUCGUCGUCGA